CAGACUGUGGAGCAGCAGGCGGCUGCAGUCACCGGUUAACUGCUGAUUAAGGUCAGACUGGAGACGCACACAUUCAGACAUUGGGGGGGGGGGGGAUGCUUAAAAUCUGCUAAUUUGUCGUAAAAGCCAUCACGGUAUACAAUCGGUGGUUCUUCAUGUCAAAGAUGUGGACACUGCAGAUUUCUCUGUGAAAGGAGUGUUCUUCGCUUUAGCCGCAGAAGAGAAAAGACACAGUUGACUGUUGGUGAAGAAGUGCGUAGCUGCCGCACAUGGAAGCUGAGUGGCAGCAGGGGAGUGGAAGUGAGGAAGACUUGGACUCGGAGGAAGAGGAGACAACAGAUGAAAACUGUCCCAUCGAGCCGAGCUGCCAUCCUCGACUGGACGGCGACAUCGAGACAGUCAGGAGACUGUAUUCACAUAGUUCGCUCACUAUCGGGGAAUAUCAAUCAAUCGAUAAAGUGGAUGUCGAUCUGAACAUUGACGGCGACAUUUUGGAUGAGGAAGUGGCCAAAGCCUGGAGGGUUAAUCCAUCAGAGCCCAUCGUUUUCCGCCUGCACUUCUCUUUGUCUCAGUAUCUCAAUGGACCUGAACCAACAGUUGAAGUCUUUCAGUCAUCUAAUAGACAUUUCGGUCUUGGAAGACAACUGGAAAGUGUUUUAGCGGUCUUCAUCUCACAGGAGUGGAACCAUCUGACUAAUGAGAACGUGAUAGUGAGACAGAAGAGAAGGCACAGCUGGUUCAGCCCUGGUGGAACCAUGAAGAAAUUCCGCGCGAGACUCAGCAUCUGGCUGCCACUGUCAAAAUCUAACACACUCCAAGACCGCAGCCUGAGGGGCAGGAUUGUUUUGCCGGCCAGGAAACGGAAUCAUUUUGCCAAUCACGCGACGUCCUACAAAAUCAAGAAUCCAUCAGGGGAACUCUUCACUUACAGGCCUCGCGGAAAGAGUGUCGUCGUGUCAGGAGUGAAGUCGUCCGCUCAGCUCAGCACCAAGCGGCUAAUGGAGCUGCUGUUCCUCUCUCAGGCCAUAGGGCACUGUAAGACCGCCCCGACUCUGCAGCACGGCUUCUUGGCGCAGGUUAUGAGGUACGCGGAGCAGAGAAUCCCCACCUUGAAUGAAUACUGCGUAGUUUGUGACGAGCGGCACGUUUUCCAGAAUGGGCCCCUGUUGAAGCCUGCCGUUUGCAGCAGGGAACUAUGUGUCUUUUCUUUUCACAUGUCAGGAGCCACAGAGGCGGCGGCCACCGGUGCAGAGGUGGUCGACUUGCUGGUGGCGAUGUGCAGGGCGGCUGUGCAGUCGUCGCGCAAAAGCGUCAUAUUUGAACCGUAUCCGUCUGUUGUCGAUCCAAAGAAUCCCAAAACGCUGGCCUUCAGCCCCAAGAGAAAGAGCUACGAGAGGCUGGAAAAAGCCCUGGACAGUGUCCUGCUGAUUAGGAGGAUGACACAGGGUUCAUAUUCUGAAAUAAAAAAGCAGAUGGACACAAUAGACCCUCUUGCCAUUCCUUUACUGCAAUGCAACUGUCCUUUAUGCACACACCACACCAGUUCCUGCUCAUCAGCAGCCCUCCGACCAAAGAGGCUCGUUUUCAAACUGCACGCAAACUCCAUGGCAGCACCUUUGCUUUCCAGUGAGAAAAUGGGUUUCAUCCUUGUACGUAUACGGAACAUACUUCCUGAUUCACCGACUCAUAAUACAUUCUUCUUCUUUGCCAGUGGUUCCCACGUUGAAAACUGGCAUUCCAUUUUAAGGAACGGCCUCGUGAAUGCAUCCAAUACAAAAUUCCAAAUUCAUGGCGCUGCAUAUGGCAAAGGGAUCUAUUUAAGCCCAAUCUCAAGCAUAUCAUUUGGAUAUUCUGACAUGGGAAAGGGACAACACCAGAUGCCCACCAAAGAAGAACUCCUGAAGAACUAUAAUCGCGUACACAUAAUCCAACAGGAUCUCCCUGGCAGGUUUCUGCAAAGCAGGAACCUAAACUGUGUUGCACUUUGUGAGGUCAUAACGUCAAAGGAGCUCAAAAAACAUGGCAACAUCUGGGUGUGUCCCGUAUCUGACCACGUGUGCACACGUUUCCUCUUUGUGUAUGAAAACGGUUGCGUGGGAGACGUCCACAUCAACACUCAGGAAGAGGAGAUCCUGAGCCAAGUUUUAGAGGUCAUUGCAACCAAGCCCGGCUGAAAAAAAAAUUAAUUAAAAAAUGGGUAACAGAUGAGAACAUUUACUGGUAGUCUGAAUUUCUCGACAGAUUGAUUAUGAUGAUUGAACGCGCUCCCUAAAUCGGCUGUUUUCAUCUUGUGUUUGACAUUAACAUAUAGUGGUACCUCGACUUAAUUUAUGGGCUAUUCGAGUUACGAGCUGUUGCUUGGUGGUGCUUUGUGUUGUGAGCCAACAUUUGAGUUAAGAGUGAGCUUCAGAUACACCGCUGCUUGAGUGAAGUGAAAUAAAAAUGGAGCAAGUAAGGUACUGUAAUGCCAUGUGGGCAAGGAAAGCCACAGUUUCUAAUGGAAACAGUCAAACACGCAAUACAAAAUGAGAACACUCGCAAAGGCUGCGAGACGACCACUACUCACGCUCAGACAACCGACUAUAGGCCACGCCCCCUUUUUUGUACAAAUAGUAAAAUAGGCAUGUUCUGCCUUUCUGCUGUUGAUUUACAUUCUGGUGUAAUCUAAGACCAAUAUCACAUGUUGUGAAAAUAUACUUAAAUAUAUCUUAUAUUAAAUAAAACAAAG